AUGCGAACCCUCCUCUUCCUUGGAAGCCUUCUCGGUGCAUUUCAUCUCGCCUCUGGUCAACCUUAUAACUACGGCGUCGAUAUCGAGUCCCUCACGAGACGAGAAGAUGAGUCUUCGCGCAUUGUCAUCGGGCGGCUCCCAUUGUCUCAAAAUGGCACUUUGCCCGUGAGGCCUGAAAUUCGACAAAUGAAAGCGGACCCUUAUAAAUGGGACUUGUUCAUUCUGGCGCUGAGUAUGAUUCAGUACGUCAGUCAGGACGAUCCCACAUCGUGGUAUCAAAUUGCCGGAAUACACGGUGUGCCCUUCCAGUCCUGGAAUGGUGUCGAGCCUGUCGCGGGGGCAAAUCAGUCAGGGUACUGUCCACACAGCUCAGUCCUGUUCCCAACUUGGCAUCGGCCAUACUUGGCUCUCUUUGAGCAAGAGAUGCAUCGAACGGUCAAUAUCAUUGCCAACAUGUUUCCUAAUGGGACCGAACGGCAAGCAUACCAACAGGCCGCUACGGAUUUUCGGAUCCCCUACUGGGACUGGGCAAUGGGUGCGCCUGAUGGAGAGGAUCACUUCCCAUCUGUUUUUUGGCAUCCGAUCAUUGCUCAACAAGGCCCCAGGGGAGUCCAGACCAUCAGGAAUCCUUUAUAUGCCUAUCCUUUCCACCCCAAGGAUGAAGACGCCUUCAUCUGGGCCCCAUUGAAGAGUUGGGACGAAACCAAGAGGGCUCCCGACACGUCAGUGAGCCUCACAUCACCCCCUUCCAACAACGAUCAGGUCAGCGCGGCAUUGCUCUCAAAGUUACCAGAAAUUCAGCAGCGUCUAUUUAUUCUAUUUUCUAGCUACAAAGACUUCAACACAUUUGGGAAUAAGGCGUGGGCUGCCUCGCAAAAUCUGUCUAGCUGGGAUUCCAUCGAGUCAAUACACGACAUUAUUCACAUUUACGGCGGCCUCAAGGGGCAUAUGACAUAUGUCCCGUUGUCAGCAUUUGAUCCCCUUUUCUUUCUCCACCACACGAUGACGGACCGAUUGGUAACCAUGUGGCAAGUUCUUAACCCAUCAUCAUGGAUGACACCAGCGCCGGCUGGUGAGACGAGCUUUACAACGCUGAAGGGAGACGUACAGGAUUCUAAGACGGCUCUCACUCCCUUCUUUGCUUCUAAGGAUGGCACGUAUUGGGACUCAGACAUGUCAAGAACCACGGAGGCGUUUGGUUACACGUACGCUGAUACUGAUCCGUCGCCUGUCGGGGGCCAAGAUACCCGAGACCAGCUGAUCAAGAAGAUCAAUAGCUGGUGGGGUGGAUCGAGUGCGUCUGGACUUCGGGCCAAGGAACAGCGAACUCGGCGUCACCUACACAAAGAAAGACAUAUGGGACGGUUCGGACCGCAUUUUUACGGAUGGAAGCCCAAUGUCAAGAUCGAUGCAGAAGACCCCCCAGCGUCUUCAGUUGUCAAGAACGGACAUUACACAGAAUGGAUCGCCAAUGUGCUCGUCAAUGCGGAGGCUCUGGAUGGGAACUUUGGCAUCCACUUCUUCUUGGGAGAGGCUCCGGCACAGACGAAAGACUGGAAUUGGGCAGUCAAUCUGGUGGGCACAGUAGGAAUAUUUGCCAUGGACCGAACAACAGGUUCACAGUUGAAGAUCUCGGGGACGGCGCCAUUGACAUCGGCGCUGAUGAAGAUGGUGGCCGCGGGAGAGAUUGCGCACCUCGGGGUGGAAGUGGUGGAGCCCUUCUUGAGGGAGACACUCCAGUUCCGAGUGCUAGGCAGCAACGGAGAAGAAGUCGAGCCAAGCGCUGUCGCAGGGCUGUAUGUGGGAAUCAGCAGCUCCGAGGUGAAAGCGUCGGAGAGUGACAGAGAACUUCCAGAGUGGGGGACAAUGAUGACGAGGAUAGAGAUGUGGAAUUUAUUAUGA